AUGUCCUGCACAGCAACAACGCUGAUGACCGUGUCACACGAAGAGCCGGCGCUUGGAUCAAGCUCGAGCAGGUUGUUGGCCAGAGGAGAGUUCUGCAGGCGGCGGCACUCCUCAUACCAAGUGCGGACAUGGGCGGCGGAGCACCAAGAGAACGUGCAGCUUCUGGUGGACCGCUUCCUCGCAGAACUGGGGCGCAGACUCGACUUCCUGGAAUCGUACGGCCACCUUGACCUCGACGCGAGCAUUGAGAGAGCGUGGUCGACACUCCAUGCUGUCCGUGAUUCCUGCUCGCAUGUCUCGGAUGGCGUGCUCGACGCUGGCCGACGACGGGCGAGCGUCCUGGUGGAGACUCUCGAGGAGCGAUACAAUAAUGCGCUAGCGAAGAAGGAAACACUGGAGCAGAAGGUGCAGGAAGGCGUGCGACUACUGGAGACCACGCUGUCCGAGUUCGAGAGCCGAGCGUAUGCGGUGCGGGAUCGCGGUCUAGGAACUACGGCCUAUGAUCUAAUCGAUGGGGGGCUGAAACGUAUGGACGAAGGCAUAGAGAAGGCGAAAGAGGUAGUGGACGAAGGGUUGGAGAAAGCGCGCAGGGCAAAGGAGAGUGUGAAGGAGAGCAUCGAGUACACGAUAGAGCGAGCGUUGGCGCGAGCCAAAGAGCACGGGCUCAUCACCUACGAGGAUCUUCCACACCCGUGGAGGGUAAACCCGCAUAUCCUCAAGGGAUACCGGUUUCAUCAGGGCAAGCUCGAGUGCGUCCGCUCGGUGCUCAGCCUCUCGAACGAGCUCGUCAAUAUAUGGUCGCACGCCAUUGGUCUAGUCAUCGUCCUCACCAUCGCCUUCUAUUUCUACCCGACAAGCGCCAACUUCUCCAACUACACCAAGCCCGACGUGUUCAUCGCUGCCAUCUUCUUUUUCGCAGCUUGUAAAUGUUUGGUCUGCUCGACCAUGUGGCAUAUGAUGUCGUCAAUCGCCGAGCAGAACCUGAUGGAGCGGUUUGCAUGUGUCGACUACACUGGCAUAUCGCUCCUUGUCGCGGCCUCGAUCAUGACGACUGAGUACACGGCUUUCUACUGCGAACCGGUCAGUCGGUGGGUAUACAUGCUCACCACAGCCUCGCUGGGCGUCGGCGGCGUGAUUCUUCCGUGGCACCCCACGUUUAACCGCGCAGACAUGGCCUGGGCGCGCGUAUGCUUUUACGUUUCACUAAGCGCUACCGGCUUCUUCCCAGUAUUCCAGCUCGUCCUGACGCGCGGGCCCGUCUGGGCAGCGUACUUCUACGCCCCGAUCGCGAAGAGCGUUCUCGUGUAUCUGACCGGAGCGGUGCUGUACGCCUGCAAGGUGCCGGAGCGGUGGUGGCCGGGCAUGUUUGACUACGUCGGGGGGUCUCACAAUCUAUGGCAUAUUGCGGUGCUUGGAGGCAUACUGUUCCACUACAUGGCCAUGCAGGACUUCUUCGCGCAGGCGUUCUUGAGAGCGCAGACGCACUGCGCGGUACGCUAG